UCGAAGUUCAUCACGAUGUACGAGUUGAAAUACUGAAUGAGGAAGAUCUACCAAAUCAAUCGUUAUCUUCUGUUAAUUUUGUCACCGUGUUGGGUAUGAAGAAAACUAUUAAGUUUUACAAAGAAGCCCUUGUGAAUGACCCCGAGGUUCGUGACAUGCCGCCAGAGUCCAGAGAUUGCUUAUUCGCUGAUGAGGUCCCAUCAAGGAGUAUCUUCAAGGCAUACAGCUACAGUGCAUGUAUUAGCGACUGCACGAGAAUCAUUCAAAUGGAGUAUUGCAAUUGUUCCCUUUACAAUUUUAACCCAUUCGACAAUAAACAGUUUCCCGAUUGUGACUAUAAAGGUUAUCUAUGUGUAGAACAAAUUGGACUUAUAAGUUCCGAUUUCCAAGAGCUGAUGAAGUACAAAGGUAAAUGCGAUUGUUUGCCCUCGUGCACGGAAUCCGAUUUGAUGGACAUUUAUUCAUCUGAGGAACGCAAUACUCCAGGAAAGCUUACUAUAAGCAUCUCGAUGUCGAUUGCGCCAGAAUAUCAAUUUAGACGACAAGUGCUACGCACAAAAUUGGAUGUUAUUGUAUCCUUGGGCGGCAUACUGGGACUUUUCCUUGGUGCCAGCAUCCUCAGCAUUAUCGAGUUUAUCUACUAUUUUACAUUUCGUGCAGUUAAUAAUUUAAGAAAUUAA